AGGAGGGGAAGAUCUUCCCUUACUCCAGCCGAAAGGAUGCAGGUGUCCUUGGCAGCCCCUGAUGGGCGGGGACAACCAAACGGGGUUCCGGAUCCGGGCUGCGAGGGGGCGGUCCACGUUGGGAGAGUUGAGGGGUCUGGGGAUCCUGUUGACUACACGUUGCCAUUUGGGCCUGGCGGAUCCGCCUUUUUUCUUGAUUCCCUUUGCGUGGGGCCCACUGGCCACCCCAGCUUCCUAAGGGCAGCUGCUAGUUAACGCUCGCGAAUUACUUCCUCUCCUACAUAUUUUUUAUUUAGAAUUUUUCAACUAUUUUUAUUUUAUCUGCCUUUCACUUGAAUGGAAAUGCGACUAUGGGCAAGUCUCAAGUCCAGCCACACUCCCGUAGGAGCUAUUGUUGUGCUGUCAGUAUCUGUAGUUUAUAUUCUUGGCCCUAGAUCCGGAACUAUCCAACAAGGCAUUAAGUUCACCCCUUAAAUUUAGGUACCCCAUUUUUGAGAAUACAGUCUAUGACAAAGCUCAAACUGCAGACAUGUUCAGAUCAGCAUUAUUAGAACUGCAACAGGCAAAACUAAAAAGAAACUAGAAAUAGCCUAAAUGCCCAGCCACAAAUGGAUAAAUAAGUACAGGGAAAACUAAAUAAUACAGUGAGAAUGCAAGAAGUAGACUAUAAAAAUGGAAUGAAUAUGUAGAUUAUAAUUGGGCAAAAUCUAUGGAUUCUUAAUUAAAUUUGAAAAGGCAAUACAGAGAUGUAAAUGGUUGUUGUGUUAAGGUGAGCGUUUUUUCCCCCUGAAACCUUCUGUGCAUUAAUUAUGACAACCUUCCUCCCCACCCUCACCUCCAAAAAGACCAGUAAGGCUUUCAUACUGGUAGUUAAUUAUUAAUACCAGGAUUUAUAAAUACAGUAGAUGGAACGGGAGGCUUGUGUUUAUUGGUCACUGUUUAUAUUCUUGCAAACUUCCUUUCCACUGAGAAGUAGUACUCUGCAGUCCUUCUAAAGUGUCUUUGCAGCUUUCAAAUACUAGAACUGCUCUGGUGAUAAUGGCAAGGCUGUGAACCCGGAGCUUUCCCAAAAAAAGUUAGCUCUAACUAACAUUUUGUGGUACACACAGAAUUACUUCUGUUCCCCUUGUAUGAUGACUUGCCCUGAAGCCAAGAGAGCUGACACACACCAGAGGCAGGAAAAGGCGAUAAUAAUUUACAGGGAACUCAAGUCAGAGCAUUAGUGAUAGUCUCUGUUUUGUCUUACUCAUUUAAUUUGCCCUUUUAAAGUAACUUCUUUCUUUCCCCCAUCUCAUUCAUUCAUGCUCCUUUCGCAGAAGUGAGGUAUUUAGAUAAUCGAAACCCCACACAAGUCCUCAACAGCAAAUACAGAUGAAAUGUAAUUAUUAUUUCAAUUAAAAAGGGAAUAAUAUUUGUAGUGCCGUGUUAACAGUAUUCUCUCGUUUUAACUAGUUUUGCUGCAUUUAAAUAAAGUGCUGCUCUUCAGCUUUUGUGUACAGCUAUAAGUGCACAUUGGAAUUUAUAUAUAUAUAUAUAUAUAUAUAUAUAUAUAUAUAUAUAUGGAGAGAAAAUGACUGCUGGUUCAGUGUGUGUCCCUCAGAUCAUACCACUACGAGUGCCUCAGCCUGGAAAAGCUAACCAUGAAAUUGAUAACAAUACGCUUUUGGAAAUGAAAUCAGACACUCCAGAUGUCAACAUAUAUUAUACUCUGGAUGGAAGCAAACCUGAAUUUCUAAAGAGAAUUGGUUAUGGGGAAAAUAACACAUUUAAAUAUAUAAAACCUAUUACUCUGCCUGAUGGAAAAAUACAAGUUAAAGCUAUUGCUGUCUCUAAAGACUGCAGACAGAGUGGCAUUGUGACAAAGGUGUUUCACGUAGACUAUGAACCACCAAAUAUAGUCUCUCCUGAAGACAAUGUUGAAAAUGUUCUCAAAGAUUCUUCAAGGCAGGAAUUCAAAAAUGGAUUUGUUGGAUCAAAACUAAAGAAGAAAUAUAAGAACUCUGAAAAUCAACGCAGCUGGAAUGUUAACCUUAGAAAGUUUCCAGACGUCCAGGUAGGUGAAAGAACUGACCCUAAAAGUUUGAAAGAUCUUCGCUUUUCAGAGAGUCCAUUGGAAAUCCCAGCUUAUGGUGGAGGAUCAGGUUCUAGACCACCCACCCGCCAGUCCCAGUCCCCCGGUUUUGCACACGUAAGCGGUCAGAAGUGUUUGACAAGCACGGAGAUAAUGAGAAUUCAAAGGGAGACAGACUUUCUCAAGUGUGCCCACUGCCUUGCCCCCCGGCCAUCAGAUCCCUUUGCUCGCUUCUGUCAAGAAUGUGGCUCUCCUGUCCCACCCAUAUUUGGCUGUCGUCUCCCACCCCCAGAAGGAGCUCAGAUGGGCUUGUGUGCAGAAUGCAGAAGCUUGGUACCCAUGAACACUCCCAUCUGCGUGGUGUGUGAGGCCCCUCUUGCUCUACAGCUGCAGCCACAGGCAAGCCUCCACUUGAAGGAGAAGGUAAUUUGCCGGGCCUGUGGUACAGGAAAUCCUGCUCACCUGAGAUACUGUGUCACCUGUGAGGGGGCCCUGCCUUCAUCACAAGAGCAGUCGAUGUGCAGUGGGGAUAAAGCCCCUCCUCCGCCCACUCAGAAAGCGGGGACCAUUUCCUGCUCCAGAUGUGGUCGCUGGAAUCUCUGGGAGGCGUCCUUCUGCGGCUGGUGUGGAGCCAUGCUCGGCAUUCCUGCUGGCUGUUCUGUUUGCCCUAAAUGUGGGGCCAGCAAUCACCUGUCUGCCCGAUUCUGUGGCUCCUGUGGUAUUUGUGUGAAGUCCCUGGUGAAACUUAGCUGGGACAGAAGCCUGACUCUAGCUGCUGAGGAACCUCGCCCUUUUUCUGAGCCCCGAUGUGCCUGGCAGUCCCUGAAUAUUCCUUUGCCCAGAUCUGAUGUUGGGACUAAGAGGGACAUAGGAACACAGACUGUUGGCCUCUUCUACCCAUCUGGCAAGCUGCUAGCAAAAAAGGAACAGGAAAUAGCCUCUCAAAAGCAGAGGCAGGAGAAAAUGAGUGACCAUAAACCCCUCCUCACAGCCAUCAGCCCAGGAAGAGGGUACUGGAGAAGACAGCUGGAUCACAUCUCUGCUCACCUCAGGUGUUAUGCUCAGAACAACCCUGAAUUCCGGGCCUUGAUUGCAGAACCCAGGAUGGGAAAGCUUAUCUCUGCUACUGUCCACGAAGAUGGUUGUGAAGUUAGCAUCAGACUGAAUUAUAGUCAAGUCUCAAACAAGAACCUUUACCUGAACAAGGCAGUGAAUUUCAGCGAUCACCUUCUGAGCAGUGCUGCCGAGGGUGAUGGGCGGCUGUGCGGCAGCAGGUCCAGCUGGGUGAGUGACUACAGCCAGAGUACCUCAGAUACUAUUGAAAAAAUCAAAAGGAUAAAGAAUUUCAAGACCAAAACUUUUCAAGAAAAGAAGGAGCAGCUUAUACCUGAAAACAGACUCCUGCUGAAGGAAGUCGGACCCACGGGGGAAGGAAGAGUCUCUGUGAUUGAACAGCUGCUGGAUGAGGGAGCAGACCCCAACUGCUGUGAUGAAGACAAUCGACCCGUCAUAACCGUGGCUGUUAUGAAUAAGCACCAUGAAGCGAUUCCAGUUCUCGUGCAGAGAGGAGCAGACAUCGACCAGCAGUGGGGGCCGCUCAGAAAUACAGCUCUUCAUGAAGCAACUCUGCUUGGCCUUGCAGGAAGAGAGAGCAUCGCCACUUUACUGGGAUGCAAUGCAAGCAUCCAAAAGAAGAAUGCAGGAGGCCAGACAGCAUACGACCUGGCUCUGAACACUGGAGAUGACCUUGUCACCUCACUCUUUGCUGCCAAGUUUGGCCAAGGGCUUGAGGACCAACUCGCUCAAACUAAGAGCCUCCGCCUGGAUGACUGUUAGACCUGAGGCCUCCGCGGGACUUCAUUUAAGAAUAUGUGCAUGGCUGGCACAGUGGCUUACGCCUGUAAUCCCAGCACUUUGGGAGGCUGAGGCUGGCGUAUCACCUGAGAUCGGGAGUUCAAGACCAGCCUGACCAACAUGGAGAAACCCCGUCUCUACUAAAAAUACGAAAUUAGUCGGGCGUGGUGGUGCAUGCCUGUAAUCCCAGCUACUAGGGAGGCUGAGGCAGGAAAAUCACUUGAACCCGGGAGGCGGAGGUUACAGUGAGCCAAGAUCGCGCCAUUGCACUGCAACAAGAGCAAAACUCCGUCUCAAAAAAAAAAGAAUAUGUGCAGCUCUGGCUAUUCUUUAAUCAUGUCUUUCUGAAAUGUGUAUUUGAGAUUAGAAAUUGAGGUUGAGGGGAACUCAGGAGAUUUUUUUUUUUUAAAUCAUAUGACAGUAUAAGCCAUCAGUACUAAAUGGACAGCUCCCAGUAUACUGUGGACUGUGAUAAACUGAAUGUAUGUUUUUUAAUGGUUUAUUGCUGCAGGUUUUUUGUGUAUUUGAUUUUUAGUUUUUAACUUAUUUUUCAAUAGGUAAUAAUUGCACAUGGUUCAAAGCUAAAAGGUAUGAAGUAUUAUGUAGGGAUAUGUCCCUCCCAUCCUGUCCCACAGCCACCACCUCUCUCCUCAGCCAGCAAUGACAUCAGCGUCGACUUGCCUUUCCCGGGGUUGUGCAGAGUUAGAUAUGCGCAUACAUGUGGUAUAAGCACAUGUACAGAAGAGUACACAUAGAAUAUAAACGUAUCUGUAGCACAUAUAUAUUCUUUCCCCUCUUUUAAAACAAAUGGUAGCAAACCAACCACACACUGUUCUGUAUCUUGCUCUGUUUGCUUGAUACAUCUUGUAGGUGGCUCCUAAUUACUAUGUAAAGAUUGACCUUAUUUAAAUUUUUUUAUGUUGAAAUCAUCAAUAUUCCCAUCAUUAUGGUGUGUUCUUUGAUUGACAAAUCAGCUCUCAAUAAACCACUUACAAGAAUGUGUAA